CUAUUGGUUGAUUCAAGCCCAACUGUGUCAAAGCGAAUUUCAAGUCUGGAUAACAAAAACACGUUGUUUAAUGUGAUAAAUUGUGGUUAACAAAAUAACUUUCAGCUUUAGGUAUGUCCGUCCCGUUAUUCAGAUUAUUCGUUAGUACCUUGAGAAAGAAUCUGCCGAGGCAUCCCAUUAGAUCAGCAUUGCAAGUACGAAGACUAUCGAUCAUGGAGGUAGCUGCAGUAGAAAAAAAGGAGCCUGAGGAACAACCUAAGGAAACACCAGAUAUUGUGCCAAACAAGAAUCUGACGAGAUUCAAAAAACGUUUUAUGAAACGCCAAUGGCAGGAAACUGACGCAAACAAAAAUGAGAAUGAUGAUUCAAAACAAAGGAGAGUUGAUAGACCGGUGGAGCGGAUUAAGAGGAAGAAAAUGGCUCUAUUAUUAGGGUACUGCGGUGUUGAUUACUAUGGUAUGCAACGAAAUCCAGGUGUAAGGACGAUAGAGGAGGAUCUUCUGAAAGCAUUAAUGGAGGCUAAAUAUAUAACCGAAGAUGACUUCAACAACCAACAGAAUGCUCAGUUUCAAAGAAGCUCCCGGACAGACAAAGGCGUGUCUGCUGCCAGACAGGUUGUGUCACUUAAACUACCGCUUGAAGUGGACAUAGGAGAAAUAAACAAAAGAUUGCCGGAUUGCAUCAAAGUAUUUGGCAUAAAGAGAGUUACAAACCGAUUCAACUCGAAAUCAAAGUGCAAUGCGCGCACAUAUAGUUAUACCCUUCCUACAUAUGUGUUGGAGCCAAGUCUAGUCACUGAUGAAGAGAGAAAACAAUAUAGAAUUACACAAGAGAAACAAGAACAAAUCAAGAAGGUUCUGGAAGUUUACAAAGGGACAAAAAGUUACCAUAAUUUCACUGAAAAGAAACAUUUUCAUGAUCCUUCAGCACUGAGAUUCAUCAUGGGCUUCACUUUAGACAGGCUAUUUGUUGAAUCUGAUAUGGAAUUUGCAGUGCUGCUAGUGAAGGGCCAAAGCUUCAUGUUGCAUCAGAUUCGGAAGAUGGUGGGCCUGGCCAUAGCCAUAUUGCGUGGUCACACUGACAGCUCAAUACUAGAGAAAGUGUUUGGAAAAGACAAGGUUAUGAUACCGACGGCACCUGGACUUGGUCUCGUGCUAGACACAGUCCACUAUGACAGAUACGACGCCAAAUUCAAAGAUAGCCACGACAGUUUAACUUGGACAGAGGAGGAAGAUGAAAUACACAAGUUCAAGCAUGAACACAUAUACCCCGUUAUAGUAAAGGGUGAAGUGGAGAACAAGUCUAUAGCAGGAUGGCUCGAGAAACUGAGUCUCCACUCCUACGAGCCUUCAGAGGAAACUGCAGACAAAGUUGAUGAAAAGGAGCUAGCUGAUGACGAUGAUGACGCAGACGAUGACUGCGAUGACGAAAAGAAUGACGAAAUUGAAGCAGUGAUCAAAAGUACAGUGAAGGAUGGUAAAGUUACCAAAGAUGAUGAAGUCACUAGUAGUAAAGAUGAAAUUGCAAGCAGUAAAAAUCAGGUAACUACUAAAGAUGAUGUUUCGAGCAGUAUAGACGGAGUUAGUAGCAGUAACGAAGACUUGGGAGCUAGUGAAGACAGUAAAAAGGUUGAUGUGAAACAAUAAAUAGUCAGUAUAGGAGUGUUGCAUUAGCAUAUUCAAAAUGUUGUAUUGAUUUAUGAGUUGUAUCAAAUGUGACUCAAGCUAACAUUUGAAGGAAAUCAAAUUUCAAAAUCUGAUGUCCUUCUUUAAGUUUAACAAUGAAGUACAAUAAUUUCCAUUAAAAAUGUAAGUUGCAACAUCUUAAAUGUGCUAAUGUUUCUCAAUAAAUAUUUUAAAUAUUAUAGCCAAUGGAUUAAAAUAUCCAUUUUUAUACUACUUUAAGUAAUAGAUUUUUGAUUAUUCUGUCAUAUUUUUAAUACUAAGUAGAAUUUAGAUUUUAAUAUUUAUGGAUGUAAAUGUAACUCUCAUCUUUGUUAGGUAAAUAAUACAUGAAUCAAUUUGCCAUAAAGGCACAAUAAAUGGCAGAGCCAUAGAUCAGAACAA